AAAAACAAAAACGAGUUUCUCCAUCCUGUCUAAAUUUUCAUCGUUAUCACUUUCUCUCUCCUCUUUCUAUCCAUUUCCAUGGCGACUCAAGGUCAGAUCAUCACUUGCAAAGCCGCCGUUGCUUGGGAGCCGAAUAAGCCAUUGUCGAUUGAGGACGUCCAGGUUGCUCCUCCUCAAGCAGGCGAAGUGAGAAUUCAGAUCCUCUACACUGCUCUCUGUCAUACUGAUGCUUACACUUGGAGUGGCAAGGACCCUGAGGGCCUUUUCCCAUGUAUUCUUGGUCAUGAAGCUGCAGGGAUUGUUGAAAGUGUUGGUGAAGGAGUAACUGAACUUCAGGCGGGAGACCAUGUGAUUCCUUGUUACCAAGCUGAAUGCAAGGAGUGCAAGUUCUGUAAAUCAGGGAAGACUAAUCUAUGUGGAAAAAUUAGGGCUUAUACGGGUGUUGGAGUAAUGAUGAAUGAUGGAAAAAGUCGGUUUUCAAUCAAGGGAGUUCCGAUUUACCACUUCAUGGGAACUUCAACUUUUAGUCAGUACACUGUUGUUCAUGAUGUCAGUGUUGCGAAGAUUAAUCCAGUAGCCCCUCUAGACAAAGUUUGCCUUCUUGGUUGUGGUGUUCCAACUGGUCUUGGAGCAGUCUGGAAUACGGCAAAAGUGGAAGCAGGUUCCAUAGUCGCUAUUUUUGGGCUUGGGACUGUUGGUCUUGCAGUUGCUGAAGGUGCACGGACAGCUGGUGCAUCACGAAUAAUUGGUAUUGACCUUGACAGCAAAAAGUUUGAAACAGCCAAGAACUUUGGAGUUACAGAGUUUUUGAAUCCGAAGGAGCAUGAGAAACCGAUACAGCAGGUUAUUGUGGAUCUAACUGACGGUGGGGUUGACUACAGUUUUGAGUGUAUCGGAAAUGUUUCAGUGAUGAGGGCUGCAUUGGAGUGCUGUCACAAGGGAUGGGGUACAUCUGUUAUUGUUGGUGUUGCUGCUUCGGGUCAAGAGAUAUCGACUCGUCCUUUCCAGCUAGUGACAGGCCGUGUUUGGAAAGGAACUGCUUUUGGUGGCUUCAAAAGUCGUUCCCAAGUACCAUGGCUUGUGGAAAAAUACGUGAAUAAGGAAAUCAAGGUUGAUGAGUACAUAACCCACAAUUUGUCUCUCGGUGAGAUCAACAAUGCUUUUGACUUGAUGCAUGAAGGGGCCUGCCUUCGUUGUGUCCUCAAAAUGGAUGACUGAGAUGUCACCUUCAUUAAGUUUGCCAGCGUUUUAUAUUAUAAUGAUAGAAUCAAACUUUAUCAUCAUCAUCAUUAUUUUUGUUAAGUUUGGGUAUCAUUUUGAACAUUAAAGGUCUAGUACUGCUUUCUCUCUUUUAAAGCAAAUUUCAUUAUAUUAACCUGUAGAGAACUCAGGGAUUGCGCCGUUAUGGUAUGUUACAUGAGAUUCCAUAUAAAAGGGAGAAGACAUGAAUCAUAUUGUUUUUGUUCACCUUGUUAUUAUGGUGGAAAGGAACACUUUGUUUUGUUUUG